AUGGCAGCGCCAAUGCUCAGAUACAUAUCCCUAUCGUUCGCACGGCGGCCAACGGUGCCAUCAGCGCUCCCCCAACACCUCUCACCGUCCCGAUUAUUCUCGACCACACCAGCACCAAAUGCGACGCUGAACCAAGUCCUGCGAGGCUGUCGUCAAGGCAAGCGCGCUCGCCACGCCGUCUCCCCAGCUCUCGCCGGGCCUGACUGCCCCCAACUCAAAGGAGUGUGUCUGAAAGUCGGUAUCCAACGCCCUAAGAAGCCCAACUCCGGAGAGCGGAAAACGGCCAGAAUACGCUUGAGUAGCGGCGCUAUGGUUACGGCGUACAUCCCCGGUGAGGGCCACAAUAUCCAACAGCACAGUGUCGUCUUGGUGCGAGGUGGGCGCGCCCAGGAUUGUCCCGGUGUGCGGUACCAUUUGGUUAGAGGAGCUUUGGAUUUGGGUGGUGUUGCCAACCGAACGACGAGUCGUAGUAAAUACGGAACCAAGAAGCCCAAGAAGGCUUCGGUAGGAACAUAG